AAUUCGAAAAUCAGGAUGUGCAAUGAAGCUCGCGUUUGCCAUAAAAGAAAUCUUACGUCAUCCUCCCCCCAAACUUCGUCUUCAAUGGAGAUUUCUUCAGUGUGCGGUUCCCCAAUACCAGCAUCCACCACCACCCGUGGAAGUGGAACCAUUGGGCCUCCCUCACAACAGUUUCGACUCCGUUCACUCCAUCUCCUCGCACCCAUCCUUCUUUCUUUUUCGCAUUUGCGGAGACAUCAAUUCUCUCAAGAAGGCUCACGCCUUGCUUAUUGUUCACGGCCUCACUGAUGAUCUUCUCUGCAUUACCAAGCUGGUUAGUCUCUAUGGAUCCUUUGGGUUCGUUCAAUAUGCUCGCAUGGUGUUCGAUCGAAUUCCAAGCCCAGAUUUUUAUUCGUGGAAGGUGAUGCUCAGGUGGUACUUCUUGAAUGAUAUGUAUUCCGAGAUUGUUCCCUUCUACACCCGCAUGAGGGUGUUUGUCCAAGGCCACGACGAGGUGGUUUUUACUUUUGUCUUGAAAGCUGCUUGUGAGUUGCGUGAUGUUGUUGAGGGUAUGAAGGUACAUUGCCAAAUUGUUAAAACCAACACUAUUGAUAGUUUUGUGCUCACGGGUCUCCUGGAUAUGUAUUCUAAAUGUGGAGAGGUACAAAGUGCACGAAUUGUGUUUGAGGAAGUGAUGGACAGAAAUGUGGUGUCGUGGACUUCUAUGAUUGCAGCAUAUGUGCAGAAUGAUUGUGAGGAAGAAGGGUUGGUCUUGUUCAAUAGAAUGAGAGAAGGGUUUACUGCAGGCAAUCAAGUUACUGUGGGAAGUUUACUCAUGGCAUGCACAAAAUUAGGAUACUUACAUCAAGGAAAGUGGGUUCAUGGCUAUGUGAUUAAAAAUGGCAUUGAAAUGGAACAUUUCUUGGCAACAUGUCUUUUGGAAAUGUAUGUCAAGUGUGGGGAUAUCAGAGAUGCUCGUUCUGUUUUUGAUGAGCUUUCAACAGCUGAACUUGUCUCCUGGACAGCAAUGAUUGCUGGGUAUACUCAACGAGGUCACCCGGACAAGGCAAUAGAAUUGUUCGCAAAUGAAAAAUGGGCAGUUCUUAUGCCCAAUUCUCUUACCAUUGCGAGUUUGCUUUCAGCAUGUGCACAGCUAAGUAAUACCACUAUGGGAAAGUCACUUCAUGUACAAAUAGUUAAGCUUGGUUUGGAUGAUCCUGCAGUGAGUAACGCUCUCGUGUACAUGUAUGCCAAGUGCCAUAUGACUGCGGACGCUCGUGACAUAUUUGAAACUAUUAGCCAUACAAAUGUAAUAUCUUGGAACUCGAUUAUUUCUGGUUAUGCCCAGAAUGGUUCUGCAUGUGAAGCUCUUGGGCUCUUUAAACGCAUGAGGUUAGCCUCAUUUUCGCCGGAUGCAGUCACAUUGGUCUGUGUCCUCUCAUCUUGCGCUGCCCUUGGGGCUCUCGAACUCGGUUCUUCUCUUCAUGCCUUGUCUCUAAAAUAUGGUAUAUUAUCAUCUAGCAUCUACGCUGGCACGGCACUUCUGAACUUCUAUGCAAAAUGUGGGGACGCAAAAUCAGCUCGUGUUGUGUUUGAUGAGAUGAGAGAAAAGAAUUCUGUCACAUGGAGUGCGAUGAUAGGUGGCUGUGGCAUGCAAGGUGAUGGCACUGGUUCUCUUGCACUCUUUAGGGAAAUGUUGAAGGAGAACUUGGAGCUCAAUGAAGUGGUCUUCACAACAUUAUUAACAGCAUGCAGCCACGCAGGAAUGGUUAGAGAGGGCCGCAGGCUUUUCAAUUUGAUGUGUAAGGAACUGAACUUUGUUCCUUCUAUGAAGCAUUACACAUGUAUGGUUGAUCUUUUAGCACGUUCUGGCAACCUUGAAGAGGCAUGGGAUUUUAUUAACAAAAUGCCUGUCCAACCUAAUGUUGGAGUCUAUGGAGCUUUUCUCCAUGGAUGUGGACUUCAUUCAAGGUUUGACUUAGGAGAAGUUGCCCUCAGGAGAAUGUUGGAGUUGCAUCCUGAUGAAUCUUCUUACUAUGUACUCAUGUCAAACUUGUAUGCCUCAGAUGGGAGGUGGAGCUACGUUAAGCAGGUGAGAGAGGUCAUGAAGCAGAGAGGAUUGAACAAAGACCCUGGACGCAGUAUAGUGCGGAUGGAUAUCAGCAAUGAUGCAUAUGAAAAAGUGGCAGCUUUUGCCUAGUCAUAUAUGUGCUUCAUUUUAACUAUUUCUUUGGGGAUAGAAUGUUGUAAACGGGUAGAGAUAUUAAGAGUGUAUACACCAUGCCAAAUGGCCUAAUAGGGUUGAUGGAGAUUCUAGCAUCUUACGACGUGUGUGUUUAGAUAAUUUUUUUAGUCUUUAUGGUAGCAUAGGUCUGUAAAUGAGCUACUUAUAGACGGUUAAAUGAAUCAAAUUAUCAUGUAAAUUUUACAUCUUGCUCGUUAGUAUAUUGAGAGUCUGAACUUUCUCAAGCUUCAA